CAUGAGUCGUCUCCCUCACCAGCUGGUCUCGACGCUCCAUUAAAGAAGCAGAGCGCGUACCGGCGGCGAAGCGUUGAACUUUGGUCCCUUCUUCUCAUUCGCCACUUGCGCCUUCUCACUCUCUUUCUCUCUCUUUCUCUCAUUCGUACGCCUUCGCCUGCGGGGAAAAGUUUCAAGCUUUUUCGCGGUCUCUCGCUCAAUCCCGGAUUGUCCUCAUGGAAAUCGAAGAAAUCGGGGAACUCGUUCCAUCUUCUUCCGCUUCGGUUCAUAGGUGGAAGUACGACGUGUUCGUGAGCUUCAGGGGCGGGGACAUAAGGAAGAAUUUCGCGGCCCACCUCUUCCACGCGCUGAAGCAGGCGGGGAUCUACUACUUCGCGGACAAUGAAAAAGAGGAGACAGGGAUUCUCAUUGAGGGCAAGCUGCUCGACGCGAUUCGCCAUUCGAGGGUUUCUCUCGUCGUGUUCACUGCCAACUACGCCGACUCGCGGUGGUGCUUGAACGAGCUGGUGGAGAUCCUGGAGUCGCAACAGGAGGUUCAGAGAUCAUCAGGGUCAUGUGGUUAUGCCCAUUUUCUACGAUGUUGAGCCACGCGACGUUCGGAAACAGAGCGGGCAAUUCGGGGAUGGUUUUAAAAAGCGUUUGGACACCCAAACGGACGAUUUGCUGGUGCAGAAGUGGAGGGAUUCGCUUAAAGAAGCUGGGAAUUUGUCAGGACUGCAUUUGAAAAAUGAUGCUAAUGAGUAUUCACAGUUGCAAUAUUUACGUCUAAUUAUGUUUUCUCUAUGAAAUUGUCAGUUACCGUUCCUUUGUGGAAUGGGGGUUGAGAAAAAGUGGUGUCACAAAGUCAUAAAAGACGGACUUGCCUGAUAAAUUUCAACUGGGUACAUUUAGAUUAUCCAACUGAAUACUUGACUUCGGUGUCAGGCUACACUAGAGAAGAUUCUUGUCAUGUCAUCAACUCUCUUACCUUCCACAGCAAUAAGAGGGCACAUGGGCCAAUUGGCGAGGAGAAAGGGAAGUUUUUCAGUUUUCCACAAGUUAAUGGAAAGAUCAUUGGUUUUCAUGGAAGGGCCAUUUGGAAAUGGGAAAAACCGAUGGGAUGAUGGCAAGCAUGCAGAUAUCAGACAAAUUGUUGUAGUCUCUGGCUCUGCAAUUGAAUCUGUUAGUUUUGCCUAUGAGGAGGGUCCUCCUUUCAGACACGGUACAACUCAUGGUGGCAAAAGAAACACGAUAAAUCUAGACUGGCUAACUGAAGUUCUUAUUUCAGUUUCGGGAUAUAUUGUGAAUGAUUUUGGUUCUACUGUCAUCCAUUCACUCACAUUCCAAAGCAAUAAAAGGACAUAUGGACCAUUCGGCACUGAAACCGGAAGGAAGUUUUCAUUUCCAGCAACUGGUGAAAAGAUUAUUGGAUUCUAUGGGAGUUCUGGUUCCCAUCUUGAAUUUCUAGGAGCAUAUUUGGAACCAAUCUCUCAUCUAUACCUGAUCAAGUGUGUUGGACCAUUUGGGGGCCAAGGUGGACACUCUUGGGAUGAUGGAAAAAUCAAUGGAGUAAAGAAAAUAAAGAUGAUGUUAGAAGAUGAUGUCAACUACAUCUCGUUUGACUAUGAUGAUAAUGGUGAAUCUAUUUGCUCCUCUGCACAUGGUAACGAAGACGGAAGUAGUAUCCAUAUGGUUGACUUGAAUUACCCUCAUGAGUUCUUGACCUCGCUAUCAGGAUAUAUCAGACAUGACUGUUCUGUUAUUCAAUCACUCACGUUCGAAAGCAAUAAAAGAAGGCUUGGACCUUUUGGUAAGGAAGAAGGGAACUUUUUUGGCUGUGCAUUGACAUGCAACAAGAUAAUUGGCUUUCACGGAAGGUCUGGUAUCCAGCUUGAUGCGCUGGGAGUCUACUUUGAACCAAUUUCUGAUCUUUGUCUCUUGAAAUCCAUUGGGCCAUUUGGAGGAGAAGGUGGCGAUCCAUGGGACGAUGGACAUAGCACAGGUGUGAGAAAAAUAAUUGUAAAAUGUGGAUUAGUUAUUGACUCCAUUGCUGUUGAGUACGUCAAGAAUGGGUCUGUGGUUCAGGGCCCUAGACAUGGUGGAGAUGGAGGACAUCUAACGCAUGAGAUUAAACUUAAUUAUCCUGGAGAAUACUUGACAUCAUUUUCUGGUCACUUUGAAUCUUAUCGGGGGCAGAUUAUUAUUCGCUCCCUCACAUUUCAGAGCAAUGAAAUAACUUAUGGGCCAUUUGGUCAGGAGAUUGGGAACUACUUUUAUUUUCCAUCAAUCGGUAAAAAGAUCGUCGGGUUUCAUGGGCGGCCUAGACGUUGGGUUGAUUCACUUGGAGCACAUUUUGAGCCUUGA